AUGCGGACCGCGCCUGCCGUCCAUGCUUUUGCCUUCGCAGAUUCUGCGCACCCCAACCUCUGCACUUUGGCCAGCUCCGUGGCCUCGGCGGGCGGGGUGCUAAACGUGGUCGGCCUGGGCUAUGACGAAACGCCGUUCGGGGCCGUGCCACGCGAGGCCCUGGACUCCAUCGCAGAGGCCUUGGCCGAGCAGGGCAAGGCAAGACAAGUAGAGGGGCAGCGUAUGGCAGCGACGCUGCAUUGCAUGACCAAAGAGGAUUGCAAGAAGACGAAGGGCCUUCAGAAGGUGCGGAAAUUCUUCGCCGUGUGGCCACAUCUUGAACACUUCGGGGAUGAGGACCUGGUGCUGGUCAUGGAUGGCUACGACGUCGUGCUGGAGACUCCAAGCCUCGAGCACUUGAAGGAUACUUUCGACCAUGUGCAGCGCCGACUCGGGCCGCUGGUCAGCCUGCCGACUGGCCCCGUGAUUUUCAGUGGGGAGGCCAACUGCUGGCCCUUUGUUCAUCAUUGGACAGAACCCCCGUUUAUGACAGGGGACUAUCGGCCUGAGUACGUGUAUCACUACGGCGCGGGCCAUGCGCUGCGAGGCGACGAGGUCUGCGAGCACUGGCGCAAGAAUUUGGGCCAUCCGGGAAAGACGCCCGGACACCACUUCGGUCGAAAUCGGACUGAGGUGUUGCCGUUGUUCCUUCCCUUCCUCAACAGCGGCGUUUUCAUAGGUCGCGUGGCGAGUCUUCGUGGGCUGUUUGCCUUUGCCGCGGAGGUCCUGCGGCUCUUCGGAGACUUUGCGGACCAGGCCCUGGUGACCUCCGCAGCUCUCCAUGCCAGCUUGUUGGAGCGACCCUGGGUACCUCUUCGCGUCGACCACACCGGGGAGCUGUUGGCCUCCCUCCAUGGAGUGCAACUUGAAGCGCUAGCAAGGCGGUUGAGGGCUCCGCCCGUCUGCAGCUUCGAAGGCCGAAUGGAUCAUGGUUUCUAUGCAGCAGCGGCGGGACAACAGCAGCCUGGCCGCUCCAAGUGGAGUCCGGCUCGCUUGGAGGCGGCGCGGCGUGAAGACCGACCGCCGCCACUUGUGGUCCAUUUCAACGGCGACAAGAAGCCGUACUUUGAAACCACUUGCCACGACUCUGUGAGCGCGGAGGCACAGCUUCUGGGAUCUUUGCCGGGCCAGUGUUCCCUCAUGGAUGCUGAUCAUCAGAUGGAAGCCUUCAUUACCGCGCUUUCUCCGACGGAGACGCUUGUGCAUAUGCGUGAGGUCCCUGCGCCAGCGCGCGCGCCGACGCCACCGCACUUGGCGCGCUUGCUUGGCAUCUCGGUCAGCUUGGGCUUGGACACGGCUUGGGAGGUGGUUGGCCGGCUGCUGUCACUGGGACAAAGAAUCCUGGUGCACCGGCCGGGUCCUGCGAGAGCAUUGCCCGCGGGUGCCCCCGCCUCGAGCUCCUGGCGCUUGGGAGCAAGGCAGUGCCUUGGAGAAGAUGAUCUUUGGCGGUUUGACGCCCGAAGCCCACACGACGGCAACUUUGCGAAAACUCCGGAUCGCUUUGUGCGGGCGGAGGAGGUUGGUCGCCAACCGCUUGGUGCUGUCCUGCUAGAGAGCGCCCGCACUCUGUGCACGACGGAGUCGGCCGAGCAGGAUUACUGCACCACGCUCCUGCGAUUGAGGGCAAGCUGGUCCUGCCUCGCGCCUUUUGGCGACAACUCGGCGGGGCUAUUGCUCGCAAUGUUCGGCGCGGCCGACUUUCAGGCAUCGUUUGCAGAUGAGGUCGAGGACUCCAACGCGUCGCACGCCACGAGCACCAGCCGUGCGGCGGCAGUGAGGAGGCUGGCUGGUUGGCCGCGACGAGGCCCCCUUGAGGGCUGCGGAAUCUCGCAGCAUCCUUUGCAGCCGCUCGCCGCCGGAAGCAACCGCAGCUUGCGCUGGACAAGCGGUGGCGGACUUUGCGAUGUUGAUGCCACCCUGGGAAGCAUCUCGAUUCAAGUGGAUGCAUUUUGA